CACGCUCCGCCCCUUCCCCCGCCGCCCGCCCAGGCGCGCCGGCUCCCGGGGAAGGGGCGGAGCUCCCGCCCGCUCCGGGGCCACGGUUGCCACGGCAACACGGCCAUACUGGGCCCAACCGACCGAGGGUGGGCCGGGGCCGGUCGGCGGGGGUCUCGUGGGCAAGGCGGCAGCAUGGACAACCUCUUCGUGGAGGAGGUGGCCGCCUCCCUGGUCAGGGAGUUCCUCAGCAGAAAGGGCUUAAAGAAGACGUGCGUGACCAUGGACCAGGAGCGCCCGCGCUCAGAUCUCAGCAUCAACAGCAGGAACGACCUUCGCAAGGUUCUGCACCUCGAGUUCCUCUGCAAGGAGAACAAGGCGAAGGAAAAUCCGCUGAAAACAAACCUUGAACUUAUCACCAGGUACUUUCUGGAUUAUGUUGGAAAUGCUGCUAAUAGUUUAACUCAGGAGACUCCAAUCCCUGCACUCUCACUUCCCAAGAAGAAUAACAAGUUGUCAGCGAGACGCCCCGAGACCAUGCUGGUCAAUAUAUACGACCUUUCAGAAGAGGACCUGGGCAGGAGGAGCUUGCUGUCUGAAGCAAGCCACGUCAGACAUGACAACCCUGAUGGGGACAUGCUUGGUAAUUCUGUGUCGUCGUCCAAAAGGCCCCCACACAAAAGUAAGCCCCUGCACUUGGUUGCAGGUGAAAGCCCACCCUUGCCUUCAGCGUGGGAGAGGAUGGAAAAGCUGCACUCUGAGCCCACCCUGGACGUGAAGAGGACAGGAGAGAAGAGCAGACCAAAGCCGGGCCUCAUCGUGCGAGGCAUGAUGGCCGGGCCCACGGCCAGCUCCCCACAGGAUUCUUUCCGCAAACGGUCUCUGAGGCCGUCCCCAGCCAUGGGCAGCGUGACCCCAGCCCAGGAGGAGGAGACUGGGAAGGUGCCUGAGCCCUGCACCCACCCUGCAGCCUGCCCAGCGCCACAGGACAUCCUGGCUUUGGGCAGGGGCUCCGCCAUCAGGAACCCCCUUGGUCAGCAUAGAGAGCUGAAGACAGAAACGCGCCAAAGCACUCCCAGCAGCCCGCCCCACCUGCCCAGCACGGGGCUGCCCUGGCAGGAGAGAGCCGGGUCCAGAGAGCUUUCGGAGGGCAGCCCAGAGGCAGACAAGGCACGUCCGAAGUUCUCCUUGCCAGGCGGGAGUUCCAGGAUGAGCCAGGAGAGGCAGGAGAGAGCCUUCCGGCGGCAGGGCAGCCAGCCCCCACUGCUCAGGAAGCACCUGUUACCAGCGUCUGAGAAGGCAGAUGGGGAGCUGAGUGCCCUGCAGCUAGAGGACGUGGAAGAUGAUCUGGUAAGGGAGGAAGUCAUCCUGCCUCUGGCCCCAUCGAUGCUCAAGCUGCAGACAGCAUCGGAGCCGAUCGACCUCUCAGUAGCGAAGGAGAUAAAGACCCUUCUGUUUGGUUCCAACUUCUGCUGUUUCAAUGAAGAGUGGAAACUUCAGAGUUUUACCUUCAGUGAUGUAGCCUCGUUAAGAUACGGCAUCGUGCAGAGAAAGGGGGGCCCCUGUGGGGUUCUGGCCGCCGUCCAGAGCUGUGUCCUGCAGAAGCUGCUGUUUGCAGAAGACGGGGGAACUGACUGUGCUCGGCGGCUGCAGCCUUCAGAUGCACACAGGACCCGCUGUCUCGCUCUGGCCAUCGCGGAUAUCUUGUGGCGGGCUGGCGGCCGGGAGCGAGCCGUGGUUACCCUGGCUUCGGGAACUCAGCAGUUCAGUCCAACGGGGAAAUACAAAGCAGAUGGAGUCUUAGAAACACUCACGCUGCACAGUUUGACCUGCUAUGAGGAGCUGCUGCUGUUCGUGCAGCAGAGUGUCCGUCAGUUCGAGGCAGGCCCCUAUGGAUGCAUCCUGCUCACCCUCUCUGCCAUCUUGUCCAGGACCACCGAACUAAGAUGCCUGUAUUUGCCACGGACAACGUUUCCAUCAAUUCUUCUGCCUGAGCCAGCGCCAGCCGAGCGCCACGCUCCCCCCAUCCGCCAGGACUUCGAUGUCCCCACCAGCCACCUGAUUGGAGCUCAUGGAUACUGCACGCAGGAGCUUGUCAAUCUGCUGCUGACCGGGAAGGCCGUGUCCAAUGUCUUCAACGACGUGGUGGAGCUGGAUUCUGGGCAGGGCAGCACCACGCUCCUGCGUGGCAUCGCUGAACGCAGCGACAUCGGCUUCCUGUCCCUCUUUGAGCACUACAAUGUGUGCCAGGUCGGCUGCUUCCUGAAGACCCCUCGCUUCCCCAUCUGGGUGGUGUGCAGCGAGAGCCACUUCAGCGUCCUGUUCAGCCUGCAGCCCGAGCUCCUGUGCGACUGGAGAGCCGAGCGGCUCUUCGACCUCUACUACUACGACGGCCUGGCCAACCAGCAGGAACAGAUCCGGCUGACCGUGGAUACCACCCAGACGGUCCCUGAGGACACACACAACGACCUCGUCCCACCCCUGGAGCUCUGCAUCAGAACCAAAUUCUCAAACAGCUCAAAGGGGGAGACUUGGGAAAGUGGCUUCCGAGGUCACACUGAGGACCUGCUGCAGAUGGGGCCUGCCUGGGCGGGGUGAGUCCUGCUGCCCAUCAGGAAGAGGGUGCACACGGUGCAGUCUGCAGCCCCAGCUCAGGUCAUUCCCAAGGGCGGAGUCAGAUUCUGAGCUGCUGAUGAGAUGCAGCAGGGUGCACACGGCCCGCCCGUCACCUCGCUGGCUGGGCUGGGUGACAAGUAGAGCACCUGAUGGUGGGUGUGUCAGGGGUUUCCCUUCCGUCACAUGAACCCCCGUGGAACGCCUGGUCUUGGCUCCAUGGAAGACACAGCUGGAUGAGACUUCGUUCCUGGUCUCAGGGAGAGUAGAGGCCAAGUUCUCGUUCUAGGCCAGGGAGAGGUGUAUCACCCACCUUUAACCCCAGCUCUGCUGCCCAGCUCACACACCUGCAGCCUGGUAACUUGCUGCAGUCCACAGAAAGGACCUUGGGUGCCACCCGAAAUAGGCCCCUCUUUUACAAACAGGGAGAUGGGGGGCAGAGACCUGGGCCCCGGCCCCACUCUGAGACAAGGCAGCACAGGGACUGUCCCAGCCCAGCAGAAGGUCACCAGGCGGGCAGUGUGACUUCCCGCCUCCUGUCUAUUGCCACGGCACAUUGCCCACGCCUCGCCUGCUGGUUUUGCCCUCAGAGGAGAGCAUACUAAUUGGAAGCAUCCCCGGGUCCCCACGCUGCGGCUGCUCCCUGGAGUGACGCACGUCUUGGGCUCGGAGCGUCUCCUGUUUCUGCUGCCUGUGUCAGGAAUGUGGGGCCUGCUGUCCUCCAGCCAUCUCUGCAAAAACAGCCGCACUGAGGGUCAUCGCCACAGCCGAUGUGCAUACUGACCCCUCACGCCUCCAGCCUGGCCAGAGCGAGAGCAAAUGAGGUGGUUGUCAACAGUCCAGGGAGAAGAGGAAAGAACUCCUAACCAGGGCCUGGGGCAGGGCCACACAUGUUUCUGUUUGGAGGCUCAGACAAGAAAUCAAAAAUGCGACUGCAGCUGGGGACAGGGCCUUGGCGGCGCCCUCACCCACCUAGCAGCCUCUGUUGCAGCUAAGGCCCUUCCUGCUUGGGCUCCCUGUUGGCCGUCUCUCACCCAGGAAGGAGGGCUGGCUCUCUGGGCUUUCCUGCUGCCCCACUGUCCACCCAGCUGGCCAGCUGCCCACAUGCAGCUGCGCUGGUUCUGUGGCUGUCACCUUGUGUGCUGGUUCUGCUCCAGCUUCAGUCUCCCCUGCUGCCGACUGAGCGUCACAGCCCCUCCCCCGAGCUGUUGAGAGGCUGAGAAGAGCCGCAGGUGUGUGCCCUCCCCCCCCACCCCACUCCCCCGCACCUGUGGGGAAGGAGGGAGCGCAGGAGGAGGGUGAUGGAAUGGGAGAGCGGACUGUGAACGAAGAUCUGGGUUGCUAGCUGGUACCUGGAGUGCAGUGGCCGCCAGUGUGGAGGGGGUGAGCGCCCCUGGGACAGCAGGAGUGGUCUGUCCCGAGCCUGGCCGUGGGGAACACUUCUGCAGGCAGGGAUCCCGGAUCUUCUCCUGGAGGGAAGGAGGAGGGUCCUUGCAGGUAGAGGGCACAGCACAGGCCGAGCUGCUCCUGGUUCCGAAUGGGUGGAGCGCAGGCAUGGAGACUUGCACACAGGCCUGCUUGUCUGGAGGUGGGCAGUGAGCAAGCGGGGUCCCCACCGUGAUCCUAGCAGGCCAGAGCUUUGCCAGCAGGCCCACCUCUGCCCCUUGCGGGGCUCUAGCAGGCUUGUUCCCCAGGAAAUGCACCCAGUGUAUCAGUGCUGAAAAUCUGCCUCUCUGCUAUGGCGAGCGCCCCUGGAGUUGGGGGGCCUGUUUAUGACCAGGAUGUGGUCCCCAGAGUGCUGUCCAUUUGAACUCCGGGACCACAGCAUUUGCCUGUGGUCCUCAAUAGGGCCAUGUUGCACUCCUGGGGUUCUUGACGUUUUUGGUUGUCGCAGCCAGGGAGAAGCUGCUGAGCAUCCCAGCAUGCACUGGGCAGCCUCCCCAGCAGAGUUUCUCUGCCCCCGGUGCCACAGGAGCUGAGGUGAGGCGGAGAAGCCCCCCCCUUGGUUAGCGCUGAUGAGCAAGCCAGCGGUGGCUGGGUGAUGAAUGGGGCUGCCUCUGCUGCAGACACUCGCAGAUGCAGCUGCGUUUCACCCUCCCCAUCUCUGUCCCUGUUGUUGGUGGCACAGGCGAGCGUUUUGUCACUGGUCCUUGUCAUCGAGUUGCUGUCGUGCGUGCACCAGCUUUGAUUGUCACUGCCAGCUGCCUCUCGCCAGUGUUUCCGGUACUGCGGGUGCAUGUGCACCUCUUGUUCUGGAGGGCGAGGGUUACUCAGGUCUUUAAAUAUGUGAGGACUUCAAAAAGCUGUGGAAAAUGGGAAUAGAAGAUCAGUUUGUUUUUGGUGCAGAAAAAAACUAGGCAUCCGUAUGCACAAGGGUCUUCAUGGAAAAUACGUGUUAUGAAAAAAAAAAACAACUAUGCGUGGAUUUCAAAAUGCUUUGCACCAGAAUAGACUUGUAUUUCAAUUCCAUUUUCCACGAACUUUUUGGAGUCAUGGUGAAUAUGACUCACCCAGCUCUGAAGCCAAACCCCAUUUUUCCAGGAAAUGAAAGAUUUGCAGGCUGAGAGCGCCUAGGAGGCGCUUCCGCCUGUCUGUGGGAGUGGGGAGGGCAGAGGCUGGGCAGGAGAGGGACAGAGACCUGGGGGACCAGGAGGAGGGCAGGUGCGUCUCUCUGGCCUCCCUUCUGUCACCUUCUGGGAUUCUGGAUUCAGGAAGUGCUCCUGGUGCCUGAGUCUGUGAUGUUUGCCCACAGAUCUUAAUAGAACAGUGAAAGCUUUUUAAUGACAUGUUUCAAAACUGCAAGUGACCAACAGGGAAAGAAACUUGGAACCCCAGACAGUGUGGCCGACUCAGCCAAGCCCACGUGCGCUGCUGCGGGUGGCUGGCUCGUUAGGAACCUGGGAUGAGCCCUGUGCCUUCCCAGCUCUCCCUCCUCCACAACCUACUCAGUGGUGCCGGUCAGGCGGUGGCCAUUGUCCCUGCUGAGUGGACCUAUGUCAGCUACUAUGGACGUCAUCGGACUCCAGCCUCAAAUAGCAUCGGUAGUGGGUACCCCCACCCAGGAGCAGUCUCACUGCGCCAGCCUGGUCAGGUGGUGGGAACACAGUCCCAGUAUCUCUUCCGGGAGCCAUGAAGAUGAACGCCAUGGUGCGGAUGAAUCCCAUCAAGGGGCUCAGCCCAAAGCACUUGAGGUUGCUCUGAUCUACCCGACCCUCGAAAGCACAGGAGGUAGCCUAGAGCACCCAGAAACCACAGCCCCGCCCCGCCCGGCAGUGGGAGGACUGGUGCUGGCCCUGUCCAUUCACAGACGUCUGGUGGUGACUUGGACAGGGGUCUGCUGGCGGGGUUGGAAGGAUCGGGGGCCCAGGCGCCUGCACUCCACUUGGGGCGAGAUCUUUGGGCAUCACUGGACGUCCCCCAGUGACACUGAUGAGAACGCAGAGGUAGGUUGGGAAGCGUCUCUCAGGAUUCGCGUCAUGUUCAAGGCUGAGCAGGCUUCCCGUCCACUCACCACAGCUUCUCAUGCUGGGCAUUGUAACAGGAAGAUCAGAUUCAGCGUUCAUUUGUGGGCAAAUUGAAAUUUCUCGGACAUUGAUUGGGUGACGGGGUGGGCAAGGCUGUGUCUCCAGGGUUAUGGGGAUGUUU